AUGAUGAUUGUGAAAAACUAUUUAGAAAGCAGGUUUGUGAAGAAAGAGGAUGUCAUCAGAUCCGGUGAAACACUUGAAUUCGAUGCUUAUCUAGUUGACAUUGGGGAUCCUCAUGGAGAUCACAAACCUAUACCUAAUUUGAAUUUCCAAGGAAGAGAUAAAAAGAAUGCUAAUUCAGGGAAGAAUAAAGCACCAUCAAGUAAUCUGAGUCCAUCACAAAAAAUUAUCAGAG